AGCUAAAAAAAAGAAUAGGGGGCAAAAAAAAAACUUCGUCGCGCUCCUAUCCUCUUCUCCUCCAACCCCUCAAUUAUCCAUCGUCUCUUUCCCCAAAACCAUUCAACAAUGGAAGCGGCCACUCUCCUCUCCUUCUCUUCCUCUCUCUCACCUCUCUCUCACCACAAAACCCUUAACCCAAAACCCAGAAACUCGAAAUUCUCCCUCCCUACCAUCCAAUGCGCCAUUUCCCGAUCCAAGAAGGAGGAAACGGUCGAGUCCGUCAAAACCCAGCUCGAGAAUUGCCACCUCCUCGCAGCAAUCAACUACAAGGGUCUGACCGUAAAGCAGUUCCAAGAUCUCAGGAGGUUUAUGCCCGAAUCCACGAAGGUUCUUGUCGCGAAGAACACUUUGGUCAUCAAAGCCAUCGAAGGCACCAAAUGGGAGGCCCUCAAGCCGUGUAUGAAGGGCAUGAACGCUUGGCUAUUCGUCCACACCGACGAGAUUCCUUCCGCGAUCAAACCCUACAGGAGUUUCCAGAAGGAGAGAAAGCUCGAGGAGAAUGACUUCGCGGGCGCGGUGUUCGAGGGGAAGUUCUACGGUCCGGGCGAUUUCAAGGCGCUCGAGACGAUGCCGACAAGGGCCGAGGUUUACGCGAAGAUGCUCGGAGCUCUGCAGUCUCCGGCGAUGGGUCUGGUGAGUACUCUGCAGGCCCCGGCGAGAGAUGUCGUGAUGGUGCUUAAAGCUUAUGUGAAGAAGUUAGAAGAUGAGAGUGGUGCGUAGUGGAGAAGACAGUGUAAGUAAUCGGAAGUGGAUUGCAAAUUUGCAAUGUAAGGUAUCAUUCGUCAUUGUACUCAGAAUUCAUUUGAUAGGCAAUUGAAUUGUUUAGCGUGGAGAUGGAAUUCCGAAUCUUGGCAUUGAUCGAUCAUUCGAUCUGAUCAGACAGUUAUGGGAGUUUUAAGUUGCAGAGACAGCA